AUGAUACCUGAAAUUAAAUUGCCAAAAAAUACUGAAUAUUCUCAAAUAGAAACCAAAACACUUAGGUUUACAAGAUGUUAUUCAAAUAAAAGAUUAUAUAUUUUCGACGUUGAAUGCAAAAAACAAACUGUAAUAAAUCUUCCACUUAACCAUGAUUUUAAAAAUUACGGUACCAAAUGUUUGCUUCCAGAUGGUAGCCUAUUUUAUUAUGAUGAUAACCAUUUAGUGCUUGUAGAUUCAUUGAAUAAUAUCAAAUUUCUUCCUAGCUAUAAAAGAGAGAAAAUAUGAGCAGGCUCUUUUUAUUGCAAUGGUUAUAUAUACUUAAUAGGGCAGCGUCUGAAAUACUCUGGACGAUAUGGUAUGAAGGAAAAUAGGUGAUACUCUAUUGCAAGUCCUUUUAAUGAAAGCGUUAAAAGCCAAGUAUGCACUUUAUAUGGAAACAUUGCAUUUUUUGGAUCGCAUUCUGCAAAUAAUGUAAUUAUUUAUGAUAUAAUAGCAGAUUCUUAUUCUGAACUACAAUUUAAAUCUCAAGAUGAUGGAUAUAUCGGAUUUAUGACUAAUAAUAAAAGCUAG